AUGAGCCGCCCAAUGCCAGACACUGCCCGCCGCAAACCCAAUCAAGACGACCACGACGAGCCUCUCCUGGAAAAUGGACGGCAUAGCCUCGAAAGCGACGUCGAACUUGCCGAGCUUGACGAACGGGGCGGCUACGACCUCGAAGGCGAAAGAACUCCCGCUAGCCAUUAUCGCGACAGAGAUCAUCUUCCACCAAAACGGGUGGCCGCAUGGAAGAUUGCAUUGGCGUUGACUGUCUGUGUUGCUGGCCUUGUCAUCAAUACAGAAGCGACUGCCUACUUCGAGGACGAGAUCGGCUGGAAGAAGCCAUUCGCAGCGAUGUAUCUCAUGCACAGCUCACUUGCAUUGCCUUGGGUAUGUCAUCUCGGCUGGCAGAGAUGGCAAAACCGCAGGACACCCUACAUGCAAUGGGUGCGUGACUACAACAACCAACUUCGAGGCUUGAUCGCAUCAGUACCGGCCUUCGCAUCCUCCGGCCCCAGCUUGUUAAAGUACAUGAAACUUGCCGGCCAAAUCGGCGGUCCACUCGACUACAUGUGCACAACCAUGGCCAUCGUCACGAUCGCCCUUACUUGCAGCGGUAGCUCCUGGUUCUUCGCCUUGGCCUUGACCACCCCAGGCGACCUCACAGCCAUCUACAACUGCGCAACCUUCUUCGCCGCAGCGUUCAGUAUCCCACUUCUCGGCGAGCGACUCGGCUGGAUGGGCAUGCUCGCCAUCGUCAUCUCAAUUGGCGGGACUUUCACAAUCGCAUACGGAGACACGGCAGGAGAGCACUCUGGAGGCGACGAAGCGAUCGGUGCUUCACGACUUCUGGGAAAUGUUGUUGCAUGUUUUGGCGCUGUUGCAUUUGGACUUUAUGAAGUGCUGUUCAAGAAAUGGGCGUGUCCGUCGGGGCCCGAGAGUCAGCAUUCGAGCUUGCCGUUGCCGCUUUCUGCGAGCGCGUUGACUGGGGCGUAUACCUUUGGGAUUCUUUGGGUGGUCUUCUUGCCGUUGCACUUUCUUGGCUGGGAGACGUUUGAAAUUCCGAAUGCUUGGGAUUGGCUGUGGAUUGCGAUUGCUGUGCUGGCUGGGGCGAUCGCAAUGACACUCCUCGUCAUUCUCGUCAUCUGGACCAACCCCGUCUUCGGAUCCAUGGCGAACGUCUUGAGUGUCUUCUUCGUAGCACUAGCAGACUGGAUGCUCUGGGGCAUCGUGCCCUCGAUGGCCACAUACAUCGGCGGCGCUCUGAUCUUCAUCGGAUUCGGUCUCUUAUCAUACGAGACUCUCAGCGAGUCCGCUCACAAGAAAUAG